AAGUACUCCGAAGUAGUACGAGCCGUGGCCUGUGAGAUAGCUGCUACCACGAUCGUACGAGCGCUUAAUAAAGAAUCGCUGGUUUCGCUGGUUAUAAAAUCCUUUGCCGUCGUUUCCCGAGAGAUGCAUCGACGCAUGGCGGGACCGCGUGCCGCUAGAAGUAGAGCACCCAGCAGUAUUGUGCUUCUCCUACUGCUACUCGGCUCGUUCCUGCUCGCCGCUCCCACUCCCACCGCAGCAAACGGCGCGCAGCGUGCCCUUUUUCGUUCCCAGGGAAUCGAAUCGAGUCGUUCCAUAGCGCGGACGAUAUGGAGGUCCGGAAGCGGCCUCCUGCGCGGCAAUUCGAACGGUCAAAGGAGCGGCACUGGCAGCACUAGCAGCCCUGGCAGCAGUAUCCAAUCGGCGCGCAGCACGGCGGCUGCUACUAGUAGCUCGGGCUGCCAGGCAUCGUCGCUGGACGGGUUCACCUCGUCCGUCGCGCUGGGCUCCAGCGGUCUCACCCUGCAUUGGCGCGCAGUGACCUCGUCGCAGCUCGCCUUCGCGCUGGAAGCGGCGGCCGGCAGCGCAGCCGCGGCCGGCUGGUUUUCUGUCGGCUGGUCGUCAACAGGCCGCAUGGCGGGGUCCGACGCCGUGGUCGGCAAUCUGGCAGGCGGCGGCGUGAAAGCGGUGUACAUGAGCGGCACGGGGCAGAGCGACGUUCAGCCUACAAGCAGCUUCGAUAUUGGCAACGCGCAGCUCGCCACGUCAGCCUCGGGAUCCACCGUCCUGAGGUUCAACCGCUCGUCGGGCGACGGGUCGGUGCCUGUGAGCGUGCAAGGCAGCAACAUGCUCGUGUGGGCCCACUCCAGCGACGGCUCGCAGUCGCUUGGCUUCCACGGCAGCUAUGAUGGAUGGCUUCAAGUGGACUUCUCUUGCUCCUCUGCCUCGUCCGGAGGGGGAGGCACUGGUGGUGGCACGGGCGGUGGUGGCGGUGGUGGUGACUAUGGGGGUGACUACAACGGAGGAAGCAGUGGGGGUGACUACAACGGAGGAAACAAUGGGGGUGACUACAACGGUGGUAAUGGCGGUGGUGACUAUAAUGGGGGAAAUGGUGGUGACUACAACUCUGGAGGUGGCAAUAACGGGGGAAACGGUGGCGACUAUGGUGGCAGCAGCGGUGGUAGCAGUGGAGGAGGAGGAGUAGGAGGUGGGGGGGGGGACUGCAAGCGAGGUGGCGGACAGGGGGGCCCUAAUGGCGGACAGGGGGGUCCUGUUGGCGGACAGGGGGGAACUGGUGGCGGACAGGGGCGCCCUGGUGGCGGACAGGGGAGCCCUGGUGGCGGACAGGGGGGACCUGGGGGCGGUCAGGGGGGGGCUGGUGGCGGACAGGGGGGGCCUGGGGGUAACUAUGGUGGUGACUACAGUGGCGGUAAUAGCGGUGGUGACUAUAGUGGGGGCAACACAGGCGGCGACUACAGCAGUGGUGGUAGUGGGGGAGGAGCAGGUGCUGCCGCCAAUGUUGGUGAGGCUGAUGGUGCUGCUGGUGCUGCUGGUGCUGCUGGUGCUGCUGGUGCUGCUGGUGCUGGUGGUGGGGGUUGUGGGGGAGGACCAGUGCAGGGGGGCGGACAAGGGGGACCUGGGGGCGGACAGAGGGGACCUGGGGUCGGACAGGGAGGACCUGGGGGUGACUAUGGUGGGGGGAACAAUGGUGGGGGCUAUGGUGCUGGUGGUGACUAUAAUGGAGGGACCGGUGGGGACUACAGCACUGGUGGUGACUACAGCGGGGGAAACACGGGUGGAGACUAUGGAGGGAGUAAUGGUGGUGACUAUAAUGGAGGGAGCAACGGUGGUGACUACAGUGGAGGGAUGGACGGAGGAAAUCAGGGCGGAAUGGGAGGAGGGGGUGGCAUGGGCGGGGGAGGAAUGGGAGGAGGGGGUGGCAUGGGCGGGGGAGGAAUGGGAGGAGGGGGUGGCAUGGGCGGGGGAGGAAUGGGAGGAGGGGGUGGCAUGGGCGGGGGAGGAAUGGGAGGAGGGGGUGGCAUGGGCGGGGGAGGAAUGGGAGGAGGGGGUGGCAUGGGAGGCGGAGGAAUGGGAGGCCCUGGGGGCAGCAUGGGCGGAACUGGAGGAGGGGGUGGAAUGGGAGGAGGCGGGGGAAGUGGAGCGGGUGGAAUGGGACGGGGUGGUGGUAGUGGAGGGGGCAUGGGAGGAGGAGGCAUGGGGGGAGGAGGCAUGGGGGGAGGAGGCAUGGGGGGAGGAGGCAUGGGAGGAGGAGGCAUGGGAGGAGGAGGCAUGGGGGGAGGAGGCAUGGGGGGAGGAGGCAUGGGGGGAGGAGGCAUGGGGGGAGGGGGCCUGGGGGGAGGAGGCAUGGGGGGAGGGGGCGUGGUGGUAGGGGGGGGAGGAGGCAUGGGGGGAGGGUUUGGUGGCCGUGGCAGGCGCUGAGGGGUGCGUGCAGAAGAGGCAGGUGUGGUGGGAGGGCGUGCAGGCAGGCAGGCAGGCAGGCAGGCAGGCAGGCAAGCAGGCUGGAAGCACUCUCAAGUAUCUCUCAGGCAGGCUGGAAGCACUCUCAAGUAUCUCUCUCAAGUAUCUCUCACAAGCGAUUCUCAAGUUGCAAGCCAAGUACAAGCGGCAGACAAAGCCGCGAGCAAGUGAAUGGAUGGGCUUUGAUUCACCUCAAGUUUCACUGCAUCUGCUCUUGAGGUGCAUCAAAGCCCAACCUAUGUCCCAUCACCCCCCAGCCCUUCUCAACGCAUCGUUCCAUGUGAUGCAGGGCUGAGAGAUUAUAUUUCUGAUUAUUUCUCUUGUUUCAGUUGAUGUAUAUCAUUGUCUA